AUGGAAAAGUAUUUAAACCAAAAUCAUAUUUCAAUACAUAACUCUCAAGACGCUAUUAAAGGACGUUAUAUAAAAGCAAAUGCUUUCUUACCACGAGGAACAGUCAUUAUAACUUCACAACCAUUAGGUACAGUAGCUAUACCUCAGAUGAUGAACGAAUAUUGCAAUUAUUGCUUUCGAAAACAAACAUCACCUCCUUUACAACGUUGCUCUCAAUGCAAGAAAGCUUAUUUUUGUGAUAUGGCUUGCUUUAAGAAUGCUUGGUUAAGUUAUCAUCAGUUUGUUUGUACAGCUCAAUCGAAUCAUCAAUGUGCAGAAGAUGAAUUGGAUCUUGAGAUGCUCGAGCGUGUUGCUCUUAAUGUGGCACGAUAUAGACAAAGAAAUAAGAUGAAUAAGGAAUCAGUAGAGGACGGUGAGACAGUGGAGGUAACGAUGGAAGCAUUCUUUAGUUUAAUGGGUCAUGAUACCUUACAACCACGACAUAUUACGGAAAGGAAUACGGCAUUAGCUCGUAAAACACUUGAAAGAAAGAUCUUUCAAGGUAUUUCGCAAGAGGAAUUAGUCCAUUAUUUGAACGUUUUCAGAUCCAAUAACUUUUCGAUUACUGACGUGGAAUUAUUCGCGAUCGGUGAAGGCACCUAUCCGAUUGCUUCCUUGUUUAAUCAUUCGUGUCAUCCAAAUGCUGUCGUGAUGUUUGAAGGCGCAUUAGCUUGUAUUCGUGCUAUUGAAGAUAUUCAACCAGGUACUGAAAUUACAAUCCCUUAUAUAGAUCCAGCUCAUUCAAGAAAGUAUCGACAAACUCUACUACACCAAAAGUAUUUUUUUGAUUGUCAAUGUGAACGAUGUCUAGAAAAUGCCAAUCGACCUUAUUUAAGUAAAAUUGAUACUUUACUAGGUGAAGAGGAAUCGGAUUGGGAUCGUGCGGAACAGCUACUUUUAGAAUACAAUCAUAAGCAUAUCGAUAAACGAGCACAGAUUCUAAAAGAAAUUGAAAUAUGGAAUUUAUUAGAUAUGUGUCAAAAAUAUGAUAGGAGGCAUGAUGGUUUUCCUGAUCAUGCUUUAACAAUAGCCAGUUAUAGCCAUUAUUUUGUUCAGUUCUUUUCACCUUAUCUUUUAACUUGUAAUCAACCCGAGUUACAUCUGCUGGGACCUUCUUCCUCAAAGACUUCCUGCUCUUUAACAGACUUUGAUGAUCCAUUGCCAUCACAAGCAAGGCCAAAGGUUCCAUCUACUUGUGAUGAUAUCAUGGCUACCUCUAUUGACAAGAUGCUUUCAUACGACUCAACAGCAGAUUCACUCCUCAUUAUCCCUUACCGACUCAGCACAUUAUCUAUCUGUACACGAUUGUUUUAUGAUCUAAUCUCAGAAGGCAAGUGGCAAAAUGCAGUUAAAGUAGGCUUGUACAUCUUGGUUCAAUAUUGUGUGAUUUAUCCUCCCUAUCACCCCAUGUUGGCACAGCAUUUCCUGAUCAUGGCGAAAGCAGGUUGGAAUUCAAUUGUUCAAUCUGAACUUUUGGUGGUAGGUGAUAAAGGAUUAGAAAAGGUGUAUGAAAGGGGUGUUCGAAGGUGGAUUGUGUCAGCAAAGGAAACAAUCGCUGUUGCCUUUGGGAAACAGAGUAAAUUAUGGAAAGAGAUAUUAGAGCUUGAGUGGAUAUUUUUAAGGGAACAAAAAUUAAAAUAA